AACCUAGAGCAGCGCCGCCCCGCCUCCUGUCUCUCUCCUCACCUCCCCGCCCCCUCCCAGUUUCGCAUCUCCUAGCCCGACGUCCCGCUAUAAUCACGUGAUUGCCUCAUCCGGGUCCUUUGCGUUCUCUCUCCCUCUCCCAACAUGGCGGCCUCAGCAAAAAAGAAGAAUAAGAAGGGGAAAACUAUCUCCCUAACAGACUUCCUGGCUGAGGAUGGAGGGACUGGGGGAGGAAGCACCUAUGUCCCCAAACCAGUCAGCUGGGCUGAUGAAACAGAUGACCUGGAAGGAGAUGUUUCAACCACUUGGCACAGUAAUGAUGACGACGUGUACAGGGCACCUCCAAUUGACCGUUCUAUCCUGCCCACUGCUCCACGGGCUGCUCGGGAACCCAAUAUUGACCGGAGCCGUCUUCCGAAAUCGCCACCCUAUACUGCUUUUCUAGGGAACCUGCCCUAUGAUGUGACAGAAGAAUCCAUUAAGGAAUUCUUUAGAGGAUUAAAUAUCAGUGCAGUGCGUUUACCACGUGAACCCAGCAAUCCAGAGAGGUUGAAAGGUUUUGGUUAUGCUGAGUUUGAGGACCUGGAUUCUUUGCUCAGUGCCCUGAGCCUCAACGAAGAGUCUCUAGGUAACAGGAGAAUUCGAGUGGACGUUGCUGAUCAAGCACAGGAUAAAGACAGGGAUGAUCGUUCUUUUGGCCGAGAUAGAAAUCGGGAUUCUGACAAAACAGAUACAGACUGGAGGGCCCGUCCUGCCACAGACAGCUUCGAUGACUACCCACCGAGGAGAGGUGAUGAUAGCUUUGGAGACAAGUAUCGAGAUCGUUAUGAUUCAGACCGAUACCGUGAUGGGUAUCGGGACGGGUAUCGUGAUGGCCCACGCCGAGAUAUGGAUCGAUACGGGGGCCGGGAUCGCUAUGAUGACCGAGGCAGCAGGGACUACGACAGAGGCUACGAUUCCAGGAUAGGCAGUGGCAGAAGAGCAUUUGGCAGUGGGUACCGUAGGGAUGAUGACUACAGAGGAGGUGGGGACCGCUAUGAAGACAGAUACGACAGACGAGACGAUCGGUCAUGGAGCUCCAGAGAUGAUUACUCUCGGGAUGACUAUAGGCGUGAUGAUAGAGGUCCCCCGCAAAGACCCAAACUGAAUCUAAAGCCUCGGAGUACUCCUAAGGAAGAUGAUUCCUCUGCUAGCACCUCCCAGUCCAGUCGAGCGGCCUCUAUCUUUGGAGGGGCAAAGCCUGUUGACACAGCUGCUAGAGAGCGAGAAGUAGAAGAGCGGCUGCAGAAGGAGCAGGAGAAGCUGCAGCGCCAGCUGGAUGAGCCAAAACUAGAACGCCGGCCCCGGGAGAGACACCCCAGCUGGCGAAGUGAAGAGACUCAGGAACGGGAACGGUCCAGGACAGGAAGUGAGUCAUCACAGACUGGAACCUCAGCCACAUCUGGCAGAAGUAAGUCAGACCAGGAUGCACGAAGGAGAGAGAGUGAAAAGUCUCUAGAAAACGAAGCACCCAAUAAGGAGGAAGACUGUCACUCUCCAACUUCUAAGCCUCCCAAAUCUGAGCAGCCUCUGAAGGUAAUGCCAGCCCCUCCACCAAAGGAGAAUGCUUGGGUGAAGCGAAGUUCUAACCCUCCUGCUCGAUCUCAGAGCUCAGACACAGAGCAGCAGUCCCCUACAAGUGGUGGGGGGAAAGUAGUUCCAGCUCAGCCACCUGAGGAAGGACCACCGAGGAGAGCAGAUGAAAACAAAGUAGAUGGGGUGAGUGUCCCAAAAGGCCAAAGUGGGAACUCCGGCCGUGGUCCAGGAGAUGGAGGGAACAAAGACCACUGGAAAGAGUCCGAUAGGAAAGAUGGCAAAAAGGAUCAAGACUCCCGAUCUGCACCUGAGCCAAAGAAACCUGAAGAAAAUCCAGCUUCCAUGAAAGAUGGUGGAGGAACUUCAGUAAGAGCACAUGGGCCUCUGAGCCACUCACCCCAGCUACUCUCCAGUGGAAAAUGCUGAGCGAAAGUUCAGUUCUGCAAGCAAGUAUGCUGCUCUCUCUGUUGAUGGCGAAGAUGAGAACGAGGGAGAUUACACCGAAUAGACCUCUGCAUCCUGUGCUUUUUCCUAGUCUCUCCACCCUGAAACAUUCGAGAGCAAAUCAAACCUCUAUCCAGACAAGACAAUAAAACUCACCAUCUCCUGGAGACCUUUCUUAACUUUUUUUUAAAAAAACAAAAAACAAAAAACAAAAUGAAAUGAAAUCCUUUUGCAUGCUGCUGCAGCCUUUAAAGUAUUGAACUAACUGGAGAAUCGCCAUUGUAGCCAGAGAGAAAGAGACGUACAGCUUUUCAUGGAAAAGUUGUGCAUUUUUACGACACAUGCAGUUGCCUGUGUGAUUAGUGCCUGGGGGCCUCCAUUUAGCAAAUGGCAGUGACAGUGAUACAGUGUCUGGAAUCUGGCUGGGCAGUAGGGCAGGCUUAAGGAGGAGUGAGAUUUCUACCUUUGAAGUCUUAUUAUCCUAUUGUGGCAUAUAUGAAUUCUCAAACAUUAUCUGAAUAAAUUUUCCAUCCUUGGAAAGAUAGGUUUAGUCUCCUCUGAAGUUGUUUUAGUCUCCAGGAGGCUGCCUGCCCCUCCUCUUAUUUAAUUCUGAGUUACUGGGGCCAGCCUGGGGGAAUUCCUUCAUUUUUACCCCCCAGGGGGGUAGUUGGGAGUGAGUCUGUGGGCCACUAAAGAACAGGACUGCUUGGUGACCAAAAUAAGCGGGGAAAUCGUGGUUUGAAAAGAGGCUGUGGGGAAGGGACGAAUUAUUUUGUACCGGUGAUGGGGGAAAUGGCAUGACCUCCAGUGAAUACUGGAGCAGGAAGCACUUAGGAGUCAUGGGAAUUCCCAAGUCUUUUCUAUGUCCUGGUUUUGCCCUUUCUUAAACGCUGUCCUUUCUGAAAGUUCACAUAUAUCCACAUUCUUUUGAAAUCUUGAAGCUUUAAAAAUGUAGACUCUCGUCCUGGUCCUCCAUUCCUCGUGCUAUUCUUUGCUGUUGCCUCCCCCAAAGCAGCUUCUACUUAAACCACAUACCUGAUCUUGGCUUUCUCUGUCCGCCCCAGGGAGCAGAAGCAAAUGAGGAAUCACUGCUUUUCUCCAGCAAAUCUUGGCUUUUUCGUGUCUUUGGACUCUCACUCCUUCCCUCCAUCCCUGCUUCUACUUCUUUGACCCCUUUUACACCUCGGAAAACUCUAGAAUUAAUGGUCUUAGGUAGUGAGUGAGGGUGGAUAAACGGACACAUUGUGAGCUGUUCUUAACCUUGAUGGGGGCUUUUUGGUUUUGUUCUUAAAAGUUUCCUUCUCUCCACUGAAAUCCCACACCACUGUUUGGAUUUAUAAUAUGGCCUCGACCAAUGUGUGGGUUUUUUUGGAGGGGGGGGUUGGUGUUUUGUUUUGUUUUUUUUAGCUUCCCUAGAGAGAACAAAUGAUAAAGGAGAGAACUGUUUAACAAGGUCCUGGUUUCUGUUGCAACACAAUAGCUUAACUUGCCUGCUUUUAUGUGCACCUUUGUACUGUCAGCCCAGGAGACAGUGUCCCUAUGGGUGAUACUGGGACGGGCAGAGAAAUGACACCUUGGUCUCUUGUUCGCAAGCCCUUCUCCCAUCAGUCCUAGGUUAGAACCUGCCCAGCCAGCAGGUGUGUCUUGUCAGUGGAGUGCUGGCAGCAGUGAGCUAAUGAAUCGUUUACCCCGUGGACAGAAAAGACUUAGUGAGGUAACUUUAAAUAAUUGGCUUGGAUUGGCCAGUAGCCAGGAAGUGGCUUUUAGAGAAAUACCCGAGGCUGAAAGGGAUUGCUUUUUUUUUUUUUUAAAUACCAUUGAAAAGGUAGGUUUUGCCCUCUUUGGGUCUACUCCUUCCAAAUGGUUGUAUCCAAAACUUCUUCCCCACUUCCCCUCCUGCCCCCAUUACCACAGAAAUGGGGGUUUUGUCCCACUCCUUAAUAUGUAAAAUUUGUACAAAAUAUCUUCUAUGAAAAUGAUUUGUAAUCUGUAGACUUAAUACCUGGGAGAUGUCUUGAGAUGUAAAAUCCCAUCCUUUGGGUUGUGGGGUUUUUUUUGUUUUCUCCAAAUAAAUCUGAUCUUUAAAGUUCA